AUGGAAGAUAGUAAAAUAUUAGCAUUAAUAACUAAUCUUUGUCUUAGUCACCUGUGUUUAUAUAACAAAAUGUGUUAGGGAAAGGUUCCAAACGUCCAAUCAGCUUAAAAAUGCAAAGAAUUAUUCCACUAAUAAAAGGUAGCAAGAAAUUUACAACCCAAUAUUAUCUAAAUGCAGAAACUCUAAAAAUUUGAACUUCUCUCACAAUCCAUUAAAAUAAAGAAUAGCAUAUACUUGAACUACAAAUGUAAGAACUAAUAAUAGAAGUUUGUAUCAUUAAACCUUAAAUAUAACAUAAUGACAUCCCAAUCACUGUAUCUGGGCUAGAAAGCAUAAGUAAAGCCCUUAGAAAGCUAAUCAGAGAGUAAACAAAAUCACUAAUACACAACAUUAAAACUAAAUCAAAUGAAAAUGUACGAUAAGACUUAUUAAAAAGGUAGAAUAUUAUGA